GUAUCAGUAAUCUUGCAGUGAAUCAUGCCGUGUGUCCGGGACUGCGAUUUCUCAACAACGUGCAAAUGACAGGUACUCCACUCUGGACAAAAGAGGAAAUGACUCAAGAGGAAAUCAGUGUAAGAGCUAUGCGGCAGGCAGUGUAUAAUGGAGAUGUUGAUGCAUUAAAAGAACUGAUAUCAAAAGGUGCCAAUUCAAAUGCAGAAGUUCGCAGUGAUGAGCCACUGCUGUUAUGUGCUGCUGUCUACAAUGAAGUGGAAAUCAUCAGAUAUCUGCUGAAAGAUGCCCAAGUUCCAAUAGAAUCACGUAAUAAACGUGGUCACACAGCUUUUUUGACUGCAGCAUCAUGUGGAAGUCUGGAUGCUGUGCGGUGCAUGCUCUCAGUUGGCGCUGACGUCCUGGCGAGAACUGCACUGGAUGAGACAGCACUGCAUCUCUCUGCACGCACUGAGUCAGUGGAGACUUUCAAGUUUCUCCAGGAGUCAGGAAUUCCUGUGGAUGCCCUGGACAUUCGUGGCAGGACUGUCCUCCACCAUGCAGCUCAGUAUGGAUAUCCAAACAUGGUGGAAUGUAUCCUGCAAGGGGGAUGGCUGCCUGUUGACUGUCAAGACAAGAAUGGACAAACACCACUGAUGUUGACAGCAGACUUCCCAAGGAGUGAGAAAGAUAGAGUCACACAUAGCCACUGGUUUGCCGGUUUAGGAAUUAACAAGGUUUUAAUGCUACUUCAUGAUGCUGGAGCCGAUCUUUCAAAAAGGGAUGUUCUUGGGAGGACUGCACUCCAUAGAACACUGGGAAACAAGGAAAAUUUUGAGUACUUGUGGGAAAACUGUAAAGAUUUCACACACUCUGUUGAUAAGAAAGGGCAGACGCCAAUACACAGAGCUAUUUCAGAUUUCCAUCUUCAUUGGGAAAUGCGAUAUGUAGUGAGGCUCCUAUUGGAAGCUGGUGCAGAUGCCAAAUCAUGUGAUACAGAAGGAAAGACACCUGUAUGUAUUGCUGUAGAGAAAGGCUCACGUGAUGCAGUGCAGGCAUUAAUAAAAGCAGGAGUUGAAACAUCAUGCUUUGGGAAGGAUCUUCUCACAAAGUGUCUGCACAUUGCUGUAGGUGCACAUGAUUCUGAGUUAAUAAGCAGAAUGCUUGCUGAAGGGGCAGAUAUAAAUGGUAGAUACAGAGGUCUAUAUGAAGGCCCACCAUCAAGAGAGAAAGGCCACACUAUAAAAUGCUUAGGAUGCUUUGAUUCAGAGCUUGAAGUACAUGAUAGUAUCUCAGGACAAUCUCCUAUAUUUGAAGCUCUUCGCUCCAAAAAAAUGCUCAAAUUGUUGAUUGAUGCUGGAGCAGACGUGAAUUUCAAAGAUGACCAUGGUUGCUCACCACUUCAAGAAGCCCUUAGUUCUGGAAGUUUUAAGGCAUGGUCCCUAUAUCAUUAUCCAAACAAGAAAUGA